AUGCCUUAUUCCUCCUCUCCAUCCAGGUCGGGCUCUUCAUCCUCACCAUGGCCUCAAGACGCCUCUCAUCCCGCAGCUGACACUCCCAGUAGCACGUCAGACACCCCUCCAACGGGCACUGCAGACAAACGACCUGAUCCUCCCGCUCAUCGCAAGCGGCCCGUCCCACCGCGCUUGGGGCUCUCAAAGCCGUUUCGCUCUCCACUCAAACAGAACGAUUCUCAGAGCAUGGAUACAAACGACGCAUCCUCCUCUUCCAUAGGCCCCUCUGCUGCUGUCGAAGGGACGACAGCGGAGGGGUCCUCUUCUUCGUCAACAGUCAGCCUCAGGAAGAAGCGUCAGAUGCUCGAAGCGAGGCUGCUACUUCUACAGCAGGCCAACCAGUGCUUGAGAGAUGACGCGCUCAUGACGCUCCCGCAAGACAUUGCUCGAUGGCGCGAGGCUGGCCAGUUGGCGGCGCAAGAUCUCUGGAGGAUGACAGGUGCAGACAGUGGAGACUGGUCAGGAUCGGGCGCCAUCCCAUAUCGCGGCGACUACGGUCUCGAAUCACCGGCAUCUGCCUCGCAGACGCAUCGUAAACGUCGAGCACCCGAGUCGCCGGAGCCAUCGCAGCCUCCAUUGCUUUUGCGUAGGCAUCGUGUCCACUCGCCCGGCGCCGAGGAGCAAGCUGCUGCUCUCCUCUCGAUCGAAGAUCCCAUUCGCCAUCAGACUAGCGAAGACAGCCAAGGUGCAAUUUCCGAAGGUUCUCUUCCCGAACUUUCCGAACUUCUACGUCGAUCGCAAACGGUCGUCGCAGCGUCCUCAAUGUCGUCAGAACGCAAGAUUCUGGUUGAAUCACAACGAGCCGUGACUUCUACAUCCUCUCAAUUUGCGAGCAGCAGUAGCGGAAAGGGGAUAGAACCCAAAUGGAAUAUCGGCACCAUGCUCGACAUGCUCGGCGCCGACAAGGCGACACUGGCUUGGAAUGUUGAGGAAGAGGACUUUCAAGAUACAACCACAAGUGCUGGCAGAUCAAGGGCACCCUAG